GGUAAAGGUCUGAGCGACGUCGACGUUCAUGACGCUUUGUGAUCCUCUCACUGCUCAGAAACUUUGACCGAAGCUUCCUUGUCUCACAAACACCCCUCAAAGGCCAACCCCCUGCAUGGCAUGUCCCAGAUGAUCGUUCCGCUCAGCCUGCCGUACUAGUGAGCUGUAGCCUCAUAGCCCCGAAGCCCCGCUCAUGGUUCGCGUUUCUUUUUUUGUGCUUUCCUCUUUCGACGUUUACCAAAAGUUCCAAAGCCUCUGCGCUUUUGCGAUCUUAUCAAAAUGGAGACGGAGAUCCCCACUGCAGCCGUUAGAUCAUCGGACAACCCGAACUCUGGUAACAAUCUCAAGAGGAAGCGAAGGCCUCGUGCGCCGAUAGCUUGUGGUACAUGUCGGGCUCGUAAAGUCAAGUGUGAUGGUAGUUCGCCAUGCUCCAACUGUGUUCGACACGAAUUCUCGUGCUCGUACAAAGAAGGACAGGAAGACCCACCGACCGUCAUUGCCUGAGCAUCUUCAUCCAUCACCAGUUAGCCUAGAUGAACCAAUUAAGCACGAGAACCCAAUCCAGCUGAACCCGCAAGAGCCAAGCCGCAUGGACAGAGGUUCAUCUACAUCUUCGGAACAAGAAGUAGACGGCCUCGGCCAGGUCAACGAGCAUACCGAGGGGGCCGAGUUUUACGGACCCACGGGAACAUUCUACUUCCUCGCCCGGCUUCGCUCUCGGGCGAACACCCAGAAGCAACCGGAAGCCGGCACGCACCGGAAGCAAAGCUCCAUUGUAAAUCUCCUGCACAGUUCGGAUUACUCGACACCCCCGGACUCUCGCAUUCUCGGUCAGAACCAAUUUGCAAAGGCAAGUCCGCAGAGCAAUGGCGGCAGAAGGGAGUCUUAUCAGCAAGGCGUUAUUGCCGAUGUCGUCCUCAGCGCGGUGGAUGCCGCGUUCGCGACGGAGCUUGAGCGGGAAUGUGUUCGCCUGUACUUCCAAAAUCUGCACAACAUCCACCCAAUCCUCGAACAGAUGACCUUUCUCAAGAGAUGUGAGGAAGAAAUAUGGUCAAGGCUCUCAAGGCCAGACAUAAUGAUUUCCGCUCAAAUGCGUCGGGAAGCAAGGUUUCUGGCACUAUACAAUGUUGUCAUUGCUAUCGGCGCUAUUACCGCAGGAGAGACAUCCUUACUCAUGGAAGACCACACCAAAGAGUUCCUGGACCGCACUGGACAAACCAGCGACGAAGAGGCACUCUACCCACCUAUUCGUCUGGCGAGAAGAUUCUUCGAAAGGUCAAGGCUCCACCUUGAAGACAUUUGCGAGUCGAGUUCGCUUGAAACCGCGCAGACACUAUUUCUCAUGUCGGUAUUUGGUCAAAAUGCGUUGAAGCCUCAUAGCUGCUACAUGUAUAGCGGUAUGGCGAUAAGGACUGCGUCAGCCAUGGGCAUCCCGACUAAUACACGUUCCGAGACAAGCCCAGAAAGCUUGCUCUGGUGGUCUCUUUACUCACACGAGAUCGAAAUGUGUUUUUCUGCUGGGCGUCAAUCAGGACUACGUGCUCCGAGCUCCUACUCAAUCCCGUUUCCAAAAACCUCGCAUUUCCCCAACUCGGCGUAUUGUUUGAUCAAUCCUAUGGUUGACUUAGCCAAGAUUCUCAUGUGGAUGACAGACAACCUGGGUCUGCACAGUAGUCACACGUCCUUCCAAAGGCUGUCACAGACUGCGCUCAACCUGGACAGGGAGUUGGAUGAUUGGAAGUCUGGGUUACCAAGACAGCUCCGUUUCGACACAUCAUCGCUAGAAGACAGUGAAUUUGCUAUGAAGCAAAAGACUGUUCUCAAGCUACGUUUCCUGAACGCCAGAAUUCUUCUUCACCGGCAAUUCAUCAUCUCGAAGACUCAAGAAGCGGACCGUAACACGGUCUCGCGACACGUCAAGUCGUGUGUAAAAGCUGCCACGGAGACCAUCAAAUUCAUGCACACAAGCUACCUUCACAGACCUUACUUCAGGACAUGGUGGUACAACUGUAUGUACCUACUAGACGCCUGCAUGGUCCUGCUACACGUCCUAAUCUCCAACAUCUGCCCCUUCCCCGCCGAAGAGGUCAUGGAAAACAUCGAGCUGAGCCUCGACAUCUUCAAAGCAAUGAAGAUGCUCGCAGUGGCUAGACGAUGUGCCGACAUUGUCAGAGAACUGCUCAACGUCGCAGCGAAAACACAUUCAGUACAACAGCGUCAGACGAGCGUGGCCACGGAAGCCGAGCCCGCACUAAGGAUGCACGAUGAUGUUAACCAGCUGAUCCAGACUUCUCCCGCAUUCAUGUCAGAUGGAAUUGGCCUCCAUCCGGGGGACACCGAGCUUGGAGACGCUAUGAUUCCUGGGGACUUUGAUGCGAACUUGGUGGAUCCUAAUGUUGUUUGGAACUUCUUGAAUUUUGAGCAUUGGAAUGCGUGGUCUGAUGCAGCCUUCAGAUGAACAUUGUAACAACAGCAUGACAUCACGUAUGAUACAAGUAGCAUAUAGUUUCAGUGGCUAGGGCGAUGCGCUUAGAUGAGCAAAGAGUCCAAUUAGCCUUGUAGUGAUAUAGACCCCGUCCGUUUCCCAG